UCAGAAAAAAAGCCGCUUUAAAAAGGCCUUUGCGUAUGGUUUGAAAGGACGAUUCUGAUUUUUCUCGAAUCCAGGUGCCCCCCACUCCUGCGAAUCCCACAAGUGGCAGUCCCACUAUCCGAGCUGACCCCUCUGUCCGUGACUCCCGCAAGCACAAAACACCAACAUAAACACCACCUCCUCUCCCUAUCGCCCCGAAAAACGUCAAUCCCUGCCACGUGAUCUUCUUUAUUGAAUUGCCGCCUCAACAACACACACACACCACCAAUCCUCUCUCUCUCUCUAUCUCUCGCAUCAACCGACACAGUAGUAACUCUCUCUGCUUCUCCUCCCCCGUAGAUUCUUUCUCUCCCCUGCUCCAUCACUGUGAUGCAUUUACUGCAUUACCUCCCCCGUUUGUUUCUCGAGAGAAAAAGAAGAAGGUCCGGAUGUUCCAACUGUAAAGCUAUCCACUUUUUUACUCGGCCUUUAUUACUGUUCACCUCGAAAGUAAUAAAGAAAUAACAACGCUGUGAGCUUUGCUUCUAGUCUCAGUUCACGAACGGAGCCAUUUAAACUGAAAAGAAAAUGCGAAAUUUUCAUUCUAAGCUGAUAAAUCUCCGAUCCUAGCAAAUCCGGGGGAAUUGUCUCUGCUCAAAACCCUAGGCCCGUCUUCAAUGCACGGAUACAGCCGCCUCGGCACCGCUCGGUCGAAUGCCACGUCGUCGCCUCCGUCCUCGCCGCGGUUCCGCCACGGGCGAAGCAAGACCAGCGGUGGCAGAGUGUCGAAGCAGAGCUUGGUGGAGAGGAUGGUGGUCGUUCUCGUAUCGACGGUUUUUCGGCGGAGAGGCGUGCUCUUGUUGGCGCCGUUCUUGUACUUUUCGGGGAUGCUCUUGUACAUGGGCUCCAUGGGCUUCGACGUCGUUACUUUGAAGAACACUGUUGGCGUUGUUGUGCACAAGCGCGCGCCGACGGGCUCGGUAUAUAGGAGUCCUCAGGUGUUCGAGAAGCUCUGGCCUUUCAUGGAGCGCGAGAGCAAUGGAAGCGCCAAUGCGUUGAUGACAGUAUGGAGUUCAAAUGUGCAUCAAGCUUGGAGGCCCUGUGUUGACAAGAAUAUUUCGAAAACAGAAUUUCCAAAAUCAAAUGGUUUUCUAAUCAUUGAAGCAAAUGGAGGGUUGAACCAACAACGCUUAUCGAUAUGUGAUGCAGUUGCGGUGGCUGGAUUACUAAACGCAUCUCUUGUCAUUCCAAUUUUUCAUUUAAAUAGUGUCUGGCGAGAUUCCAGCAAGUUUGGGAAUAUAUUUGAUGAAGAUUUCUUCAUAAAUGCGCUCAAAAAUCAUGUUAAUGUGGUCAGAGAGCUCCCAGAAGAUAUACGCCAGCGGUUUGACAAUAAUAUAAGCAACAUUGUGAAUUUGAGAGUAAAAGCUUGGUCAAGUCCAACUCACUACUUCCAAAAGGUCCUUCCAAAGCUGCUGGAACUGGGGGCUGUACGCAUUGCACCCUUCUCCAACAGAUUGGCUCAGGCAGUUCCUUCAAAUGUACAAGGGCUUAGAUGUUUUGCCAAUUAUGAAGCACUAAGGUUUUCAGAACCUAUAAGAACGCUAGCAGAAAAGAUGGUUGAUCGGAUGGUUAAAAAUAGCUCCCACAGUGCUGGUAAAUACGUUUCAGUGCAUCUUCGUUUUGAAGAGGAUAUGGUUGCAUUUUCGUGCUGUGAAUAUGAUGGUGGGGAGGAAGAGAAACAUGAAAUGGAUAUUGCACGAGAAAGAAGUUGGAGAGGAAAAUUCAGAAGAAGGGGUAGAGUAAUAAGGCCUGGUGCAAAUCGGGUGGAUGGAAAAUGCCCAUUAACUCCAUUGGAGGUCGGAAUGAUGCUUAGGGGCAUGGGUUUCGAUAAUACCACCUCGGUAUAUGUUGCUGCAGGAAAAAUCUAUAAAGCAGAAAAAUAUAUGGCUCCACUUAAACAGAUGUUUCCACGUUUAGAAACGAAAAAUACUUUAGCUACUCCUGAAGAACUUGCUCCAUUUCAGGGCCAUUCAUCUAGGUUGGCUGCCCUUGAUUACACGGUGUGUCUUCACAGUGAAGUAUUUGUCACAACUCAGGGUGGAAAUUUUCCCCACUUCUUGAUGGGUCACAGGCGUUAUUUCUAUGGAGGACAUGCUAAAACAUUCAAACCUGAUAAGAGGAAAUUAGCAAUAUUAUUUGAUAGUCCUGAUAUCAGAUGGGAAGACUUCAGCCGACAGAUGCAAGACAUGCUUCGCCACAGUGAUCAUAAGGGAAUUGAAUUGAAAAAGCCCAGCGGAUCACUCUACACAUUUCCUGCGCCAGAUUGCAUGUGUAUACAAGCAGCAAGAAAUGAAAAUAGUAACACGACGAGACUUGUUUGAAACUCUGAAUACACAAAUACUUAGGGUUACAGAUUUUUCUAUACCUGUAUUUUGUAGUGUCUUAUUCAAUUGAAUUCUUGAGUUAUUCUUUCAUUUGAGUUGACCAGAGAGUUUCCAAGGGUUUGAUUCUUUGAGGUUCAUUGAAUCAGUAGAAGUGGUAGUUUGGCCUCAAUAUUCAAUGUACAUGAUAUUGUAAUUUGUAAUAGUUCACUCAAGUAAUCUUUCAUUAAAUAACAUAUUGUUCAUUUCUUUUGCUGA